UCCCCCGGUCAUGUAUGGUUUUGUAAUAGUUCACUUUAACGACAGUGUUUGUCUUUAAACACGGUGUUGACAACGUCUAGUGCCGAUAUGAGCAUGUUUACGUCUUUGUAAUACAAAUGGACAAUUCAGAGACCAGUCCAUCCAUGGGGCCCCUUGCAGUGCCGGACAUUGGUAUGGCACGACCCUCAGGCCCCCCUGGUCAGCUGUCAGAGUCAGCCAGGCCCUCCAAGCACAGGGGGCACCCAUCUAAGUCACCAAGGAGACGGCGGGAAGGGAAGAGGUCGCAGCGACGGGGGGAUGGUCAUGAACAGCUGCUCUGGGAGAUCGAGCGGCGGAGGUUGCCAGGCCAACACGAGCACUUGGAGCCCUCUGGGUCAACGAGCGACACAGCGGAAAGCUCACCUAAAAGGAGAGCACACUUUCUACAUGGACCAUAUCCAGCCACUCACUUCGGACCCAAAGCUUGUAUUCUUCCCAACCCAACUUCAGUCAUGCACAUCCAGGACCCAGCCAGCCAGCGGCUCACCUGGAAUAAACCUCCAGUCAAUGUGCUUGUCAUCAGGAAAAUUAGAGAUGAGAGCUUGGUUGAACCUUUCAAAGAGCUCUGCAGGUUUCUAGUGGAGGAGAAGCAGAUGAUGGUGUACGUGGAACGCAGGGUUGCAGAUGAUGCAACGCUGUCAAAGGAUGAGGCCUUUGGCUCCAUACGCAAUCAGCUCUGCACCUUCAGGGAGGGUUAUGAUGAUAUCUCUGACUGCAUAGACCUGAUCAUCUGUCUUGGUGGAGAUGGGACUCUGCUCUAUGCCUCCUCUCUUUUCCAGGGCAGCGUUCCUCCAGUUAUGGCGUUUCACCUCGGUUCUCUGGGUUUCCUGACGCCCUUCAAGUUUGAGUCAUACAAGACUGAAGUGGCCAAAGUAUUUGAAGGUAACGCAGCCAUCACUCUGCGCAGUCGUCUGAAGGUGAAGGUGGUGAAGGACAUGCUUCAGAGAACAGGCCAGCAGCCGUACAACCAAGAGCCCCCGCAGCAGCAACCAGAGCACAACGGACUCCUUCCUCACGGACACACUAACAGUGAGGCAGGCAAGGUCACCCUGCAGCUCCAGGUGUUGAAUGAGGUGGUGGUGGAUCGAGGCCCGUCUUCUUACCUGUCCAAUGUCGACUUAUACCUCGAUGGACGACUCAUCACCUCAGUGCAGGGAGACGGUGUGAUUGUGUCCACACCUACAGGCAGCACAGCAUACGCGGCUGCAGCAGGAGCAUCAAUGAUCCACCCCAAUGUGCCCGCCAUCAUGGUCACCCCCAUCUGCCCACACUCGCUCUCUUUCAGGCCGAUCGUUGUCCCUGCUGGGGUGGAGCUCAUGAUCACUUUGUCUCCAGAUGCCAGAAACACUGCCUGGGUGUCGUUUGAUGGCAGGAAGAGACAGGAGAUCCAGCAUGGAGACUGCAUCAAAAUCACUACAUCUUGUUACCCCGUGCCAUCUAUCUGUUGCCAUGACCUGGUGUACGACUGGUUUGAAAGCCUGGCUCAGUGCCUGCACUGGAACGUACGCAAGAGGCAGGCGCGACUGGCAGACAUCUCGGAUUCAUCGGACACUGAAAACUGAGUCAGCGGGUGUUUUGACGUACCUGAGUUAAAGACAUCCAGCCGACGCUCUCCACAGCAGCUGAGUAAGUGAGAACAGAAGGAUCAGGUUUGUUCCGAGACGACAAUUAGGUCACCCUGCAAACAUUUUCCUGACAGAAACACUCGACUGUGACAGUGAGAGCGCAUGUGUCUUCAGCCAAAGCAAUGUUACAUUAGUCGUAUGAAUAGCAUGUAGAAUGAUCAUACUGUAUAUUCAGUAUUUUAUACACUGAGUCAUCAUCUCAUUACAUUCCAGUAUAUACACACUGCAGUUUCAUAGCUUACAGGGAGAACGCAUGUCUCUCAACUUGGAUAUGAAAAAAAGUCUAUUGUUACUUAAAUGAUACAUGAUGCAUAAUCCUGUGAUGUGAUCGAUGAAGCCUAAAGCUCUUCAUGAAUAUUCUGAAAACUCUUUUCUUUGGACUUGAAUCACUUACUCAUCAAUGUGAUGAUCAGUGUAUAAGAUGUAGAUGUUACUAGCAUGACUGUGAGGUUAUAGGUAGAAAUACACUGUUAACACUGAAAUUAAGCAAAAGGAUUGUUUCUUCUGAACUUUAAUGUAAAUUUGUACAUACAGGAUUCUAGGAUGAAUUUAUUUUAUGUCAUAUUUAUGUAAUAUUUAAAUUUAUUUCUAAUACUGAGUCAACCAAAGAGUGCUGUAUGUGAUUGUUCUCUGCUGUACAAACAUAUUGUACAAUUUUCUCAGUCCUUUACAUCCUACUAUCUACGUGUCCUGUUACUGACAUUUUUAAGUUGUUUUCAAAACUUUUGUGCCCCAGUCUAAAUUCUGCAGAAAGAUUGCAUGUAGCAGGGAUAAACGAAAUGAAUCGGAGAAUCCUAAACCAGCUCUCAUUUUCAUGACCGUUAAACUGUCAAAGUCUGUAGCAGGAGAAGGUAGUGAGAAAAUAAAUUCCUAAAAACUU